AUGCAGUUCUCCAAGCUCUCCGCGCUCGCUGCCCUGAACAUUCUUUCAGCGCCGGCUGUCUUCGCUCAGAACGACACUGCUGGCUCUACGACUGUCCCAUCCUUCACUUGCAACCCUGGGUACCCUGUCUCCUCUGCCGAGCAGUCCAUAAUCUUCAACAACUUCCUACGCAAGUUUUACAUCGAAAAGGACGUCUUCCGCGCUGGAAGAGAGCAUAUCCUCUUGAACGCCAUCAAUCACAACCCGAACGUGAAUGGUGACCGCGAAGCUAGCUUGGAGUGGGUUGCGCCACGCAUCGCUGAAUGGAACGUCACCAUCACAAACACCGGCUUCGCGGACAAUGUGGGUUGGAGCCAUGUCAAGGUCGAGGGACCGAACAUGGGACGUUACACUGUAGCGGUUGAUAUAUGGCGUUUUGAGGGAAGCUGCAUCGCCGAGCAUUGGGAUGCUCUGCAAGUUGCGCCGCCUGCCAACAGGACCAACCCUCUGGAGCUGAUUUGA